UUAGUGGCGGCAAGUCUGUUGAGCGAAUGACUUGUGUCGCUCCAAAGGGCUACUACAUACACGACCGAAACUUUUAAAUUUACGAAAUCAUAAAUUCAGUUUUAUUAAUACUUUUAAUAGUUCUGAUAAUUUUCAUUUUAACAAAAAAAGUUUUAAGAUCUGCUGCAAUUUGAAUUAAGAAGCUGUUUAGGAAGUGAAAAUAUCAAAUUGGAUUUGUUUAGUUGAAAAUUAGAAAAAUCAAUAACAAAAGUGAUUGUUCAGAUAGUUUCGAAAAUUGGUUAUUGAUUAACUUACCGUGUUAGUAAGUGAUUGACGAUUUUUAGCUAUUUCCUGUCGCGAGAAGGAAGACUCUUUAAGAAUCCUCAACAUCUCUCUACGGUGUGAAUAAAUUAAGAAAAUCUUGACAAACAAUAAGGAUUCCUUUGUGCAUGAGAUUAAAGGUGCUGGUGCAAAAUGUGUCUGGUGCGGUGACUCGUAGCGGGCGAUGCGACGCGCGGCGAGACGCGCGCUGCGGCGGGCGAGGCGCGUAAUAUGCGCUCGCUGAACGAGUCGGCCUGUGAGGCGUUGCUCGAGGACGUGCGCUGGGACGAGCCCACCAGCCUCGUGAGCCUCGCCGUGCUCGCGCUCAUCGACGUACUCGUGAUCGCCGGUAACUGUCUCGUUAUCGCCGCUGUGCUCUGCUCGUCGAAGCUACGCAGCGUCACGAAUCUGUUUAUCGUGUCGCUAGCCGUCGCCGACUUGCUGGUGGGAGUCGCUGUACUGCCGUUCUCUGCGACGCGGGAAGUAUUUGAGGUCUGGAUCUUUGGCGACGUGUGGUGCUCAGUAUGGCUAGCCGUGGACGUGUGGAUGUGCACCGCCUCUAUUCUCAAUCUCUGCGCAAUAUCCCUGGACCGAUACGUGGCUGUCACCCGUCCUGUCAGCUACCCGAGUAUCAUGAGCAGGAAGCGGGCUAAAGCAUUAAUAGCCGGUCUAUGGGUGCUCUCUUUCGUAAUUUGUUUCCCGCCGCUGGUAGGAUGGAAGGAUAAAAGGGAUGAUGACGGAACCCAUAAAGAAGGCUGGGCUCCCAAUCCUCCGUGCCAGUGGACCUGCGAGUUGACCAAUGAUGCUGGGUACGUUGUCUAUUCAGCUUUGGGCUCCUUCUACAUCCCGAUGUUCGUGAUGCUAUUCUUCUAUUGGAGGAUCUACAAAGCUGCCGUUAGAACCACCAAGGCAAUUAAUCAAGGCUUUAGAACUACUAAAGGUAGAGGGCUGGGUAGUCGUUUCGAUGACAACCGUCUCACGUUGCGAAUACAUCGCGGCAGAGGAUCCAAUCGUCCUCACGGCUCACCUCUGUCAGCUGCCUCGAAUCACUCCACAAGCACAUCGCUGAGCGCCUCGCCAGAACGACUUAGAAGGCACUCAAGCGCUCGCCGGGCCCACGAGAAAGUCAAAAUAUCCGUCUCUUAUCCGUCAACGGAACAAAUCUGUCCGGCCCACGAGAAUUCUCGGUCGCCCAGCCGAUCUCCUAGUCCUUCUCUGUACGCUGUUCAUUACGAGAGAGACGGAAGGGAACUGACUGAGAGCAGACUCAGGGUCAGACCUUCGCAUCAUUUACAUCCCGGACCGUUGUACGACGAUUAUGACGAUAAGCCACGAACUCGACGCAUGGGGAAGAGGAAUAUCAAAGCACAGGUGAAGCGCUUUAAGAUGGAGACCAAAGCAGCAAAAACCCUGGGCAUCAUAGUCGGAGGCUUCGUGUUCUGCUGGCUGCCAUUUUUCAGCGUCUACGUGGUCCGGGCGUUCUGUGGCGAAUGCGUUACUCCCAUAGUCUUCUCCGUACUAUUCUGGCUGGGAUACUGCAACUCUGCUAUCAAUCCACUCAUUUAUGCUCUGUUCUCCAAAGAUUUUCGAUUCGCAUUCAAACGUAUUAUCUGCAAGUGCUUCUGCGGUGGCGGCGGAGCACGCCGGGAGUCUGAUGAAGGUUCCGCGAGGCGUCCCAACCACAGACCAGUGCACUCACAUUCUUUGGAGGAGCAGGAACCUAGUCAGACUACUCUAACUGCGGCAGAAAGGUGACGUCAAACCAUGCGACGGCAACACCCGCAGUUCCAAUCAACCGUCGCAUGUGUGUGAAAAAAAAAGCUGUUAUAACGCUAGCUACAAUUACUUAGCAAAAAAAUAUAGCAACUACUUUAGUCGACUAUUAUCAAAGCCGGCAAUCUGACUUUUGAACAAUUAUUGGUAAAUCAGAAAAACGAAUUAUUGAAUUUGUAUUCCAUUGGCAGUCACAAAACUCUUCGGAACGACAUCUUAGAUAAAUAACAGGUUAACUAUUAACCUUUAUUUAAUGCAGGUUUUGAACCGUAUUCUUUGAAGGAGACGAUUAUAUUCAAAUCAAUCUGUAUUGACAUAUCAAUAACAUUUUUUUGUCCAAAUGCACAGAUUUGCCACCUUUGAUAAUAGACGACUCACUUAAACUACAUGAAAAAUAAUUAACAUCAUCUUUAAUGAAUGUAUAUCUAAAGGUUUAUUGUAAAUGUUUUCUAUUAAAUAUGUUUAAAAUUGUAAGUAAUGUAUAUAAAUAGCUUUAUUAAAAAUUGAUAUUG